AUGGACAACGAAUGGGAAAUCGAAGAGGGUAUCCCCCAGUUUGGUGACCCCUUUAUUCAGCAAUAUCUGAAAGGUCGCGAUGCUUUAAUCGUGGAAGAGCAAAAAAGACGUCAUGAUGCAAACCUCCGCAAAUCACUGUCGCCUAUAGCCGCCCGGGCAUCGAAGAUCGUUUCACAGAUCCGAGCCCAGGAGCAGAACGAAGUAUGGACCAGUGGAUUAGACGAAGCUGCCGCCCACCAGGCAGAUGAGAUUCUCUACCCGGGCGUGAUGUUUAACCUGGCCAAAGGGCACAUGGAGAAAACCAAGUUGUGGAAGAUUGUGGAGAAGAUGCCGAAGGGUUCUCUUCUUCACGCGCACAUGGAUGCCAUGUUCGAUAUCGAAUUCUUGCUUGAUCAGGCUUUCUCCACGCCCGGCAUACACAUGACUGCCCCGGGUCCAUUGAUCACACAGAAAGACUUGGACUCUGCGCCCUUGACGUUCCAGUAUUCAUCGCAGCCACCUAGUGUUUCAGAGGAAAAGCCAAGUAUCUGGACUCAGACAUACGAGCCUUCGUCAUUGAUCUCGAUCCAGAAGGCUGCUUCAUCUUUCCCCAAUGGAGGCGAGAAGGGGUUCCGGGAUUGGCUGACUAGUCGCUGUGUACUCAUGCCCGAGCACUCAUACCACCACCAUCAUGGAGUGGAUGCGAUUUGGGGUCUGUUCCAGAAUACCUUUCCCAUCAUCGAUUCCCUGCUUAUGUACGAGCCUAUCUUCCGAGUCUGUCUUACCCGUAUGCUUGGACAAUUAGCUGCCGAUGGAAUCCGAUACGUGGAAUUCCGGAUCGGGUUCAACUUCAAGUACAGGAGACAAGGGAAUGAUGAGCCUGACACUGACUUCCUCGAGUGGGCUCGCGUGAUGGAAGAGGUGGUGGAUCAGUUCAAAGAGUCCGAGGAAGGGAAGCACUUUUACGAUGCUCGACUGAUCUGGACUACGCUUCGUCGCUUUUCCAAUGACCUCAUUAUCCAGAGUAUGAAGCAAUGCAUUGAAUCGAAGCAGGCAUUCCCCGAUCUGUUCUGCGGGUUCGAUCUCGUCGGACAGGAAGAUCGGGGACGACCACUUGUUGACUUGGUCCCGGUUCUAUUCUGGUUCCGAAAGCAAUGUGCAGAAGAAGAGGUUGACAUCCCCUUCUUCUUCCACGCCGGUGAAUGUCUGGGUGAUGGCGAUGAGACCGAUCACAACCUAUUCGAUGCCAUCCUUCUGGGCACGCGACGGAUCGGCCAUGGCUUCUCCCUUUACAAACACCCUCUCCUGAUCGACCUAGUCAAAGAAAAGAAAAUCCUGGUUGAAUGCUGCCCAAUCUCAAACGAGGUCCUCCGCCUCGCCAGCUCGAUCAAAUCCCACCCUCUCCCAGCACUAUUAUCCAGAGGCGUCCCCGUUUCGCUGUGCAAUGAUGACCCCGCAAUCCUUGGCCAUGGACGCAAUGGACUGACACAUGAUUUCUGGCAAGCGUUACAGGGAUUGGAAAAUGUGGAUUUGGUCGGCCUAUCGAUGUUGGCUCAGAACUCCAUCCGGUGGAGCUGCUACGAAGAUCAAUCGGCGGCCGAGUGGAAGACCGGCAUCCAGAAUGGGGUGAUGGGCAAGGGACUAAAAUCCGAGCGACUGCGUGACUUUGGCUCUGAAUUUGAGAAGUUCUGCGAGUGGAUUGUCCUGGAGUUUGCUGAGUUUGAUGCUGAUGACUAG